AUCUGGAUGCACUCAGCACUCCAGUUAUCAAUACCCUUUUACCUUUGCUUUCUGCUUAAUGGCAAAUCAGGCAGUUAAUCAUCAGAUCAUCGCGAAAGAAUCAUCUUCAACGCAGCAGUUGCCUCUUCUAUCUCUCAAUCACGUCUCAUUUAUCUGCAGAUCUGUUCGUACAUCCGUCAAGUUCUACACUGACGUUCUUGGAUUCGUUCUCAUCCGACGACCUUCCUCCUUCGAUUUUGAAGGCGCUUGGUUGUUUAACCAUGGAAUUGGAAUCCAUUUGUUAGAAAUGGAGUCAACUCCAGCAAAGAAAGCAGUGAUCAAUCCAAAAGACAACCACAUUUCGUUUCAAUGCACAAAUAUGGAUCUCAUAAUCAAGAAACUCAAGGAAAUGGGAAUCGAAUAUGUGACCGCGGUUGUAAAAGAAGGGGGUGUGGAGGUGAACCAGCUCUUCUUCCAUGAUCCAGAUGGUUACAUGAUUGAGAUAUGCAAUUGCCAUGUUCUCCCUGUGCUUCCCAUCUCCUCAUGCCCCCUCAAGAAGAGCGCACCCGUUCCUCAAGUCAACCGCGUCGAAUCCUCCUUCUUCGAUGAAACAAGAUCCAAGAAUUACUUUUGUGGAGAAGAUGAGGGUUUGAUGAUGGAGAAUUUCUUGAUAGACAUGAUGGGUAUCUCUUUUUAAAGUAAAAUUCAUGGGAGUUCAAUUGGUGCUUGUUUAGAAAUGGAAUAUUUCUGGUGGAUUUUUGCAUUUUUUUUUCCAAGUGUUUCUUUCAAACUGAGAGCAAUCUUCUGUAUGUAAUUAUAGAAUAAUAGUGAAAGAAAAUCUUUUUGUAAGAUAUGAAUUUAUUUGAUAUGUAAGCAUAUUUUUAAUAACGAUCUCUUUUAAGUUAGCAUGCGACAUUGUCUUACUUGGAUCUCUGUAGUUAUUGAAGUGACUAGAAGGUACACAAUAU